GGUCCCCGCGCUGCCCACACCUGCAGGAGCCGAAGGAGGGAGAUUUUAUCGUUUUGUGACUCCGUAGAAACAGCGGCCGGAAGUGUGUCUCGUCGUCUGUCAAAUGAAGAUGUUCCUCGCCCUCUUGCUCCUGGCGGCUGCGGCGACCCACGGCGCACGCGCACUGGAGGGGCCGCCCUUGCAGAGGCCCUACCGAAUCCUUAUGCUUCUCCCCGUGUCCUCGUGGAGCCACAGACACGUGUUCGUACCCGUAGCCGAGGCCCUGGCGAAUCGUGGGCAUCAGGUGGUAAUGCUGACCAAAUUCCCCCCCUCGCUCGACCACCCCAACAUCACGGAGCUCACCUACUGGCGCUCCAUCUACGAGGAACGUCUCAACUUCUUCGAGAUCAGGAAACACCCUUUGAUCUUCCUCGCUCGUUUUCGCUCCGAGUUGUCGUCGAUGGCGCGGGAUCUCUACAACGACACGACGGUCAUGGAACUCUACCACAACAGGAGGGAUUUCGAUGUGGUGUUCGUCGAUGCGCUGUUCAAUGAGGCACUAUACGCCUUCACCCACGAACUGCCCCUAAUCACCAUCUCGACCGUUGGGGACAAUUACCAGCACAGCGCCGUUAUGGGGAACUUCUACCACCCUGCUUACGUCCCUACGUUGCUGUGGGACUUCGCCCGUCCUUGGCACCUUCAUGACAAGGUCUUCAAUGUGCUGUUUCAUGUAAUCAACGCCGGGUUUUGGAGAUUCAUUGUGGUGCCUGCGAUUGAGUACGAGGUCAAGAGACAUUUCCCAGACCUUCCUCCGCUACUCGAACUGGAGAAGAACCAGAGCCUCGCCUUCGUCAACUCCCACUUCAGCGUUGACCUGACCUUGCCUCUGCUGCCCUCCCAAGUCCAGAUCGGUGCCAUUCACUGCCAGCCUGCCAAGCCUCUUCCUCAAGACUUGGCAGGGUGGGUCCGCGGCGCCGGCGAGGCAGGGGUGGUGUACGUCAGCCUCGGCUCCAUGGCAAGGGGCGACUCCAUGCCUACCCACCACCGCGACCUCUUCGUCAGGGCCUUCGCCAGGAUGAAGCAGAGGGUCAUCUGGAAGUACGAGGGCGUGGUUCCUGGCGUGUCUGACAACGUGAUGGUGAGGAGGUGGCUUCCCCAGCAGGAUAUUCUCGCUCACCCAAACGUCAAGGUGUUCCUGUCUCACGGCGGCCUCCUGAGUCUGCAGGAGACGAUCUUCCACGCCACGCCCGUCCUGGCCCUCCCGAUCUUCGGAGACCAGCCCAAGGUCGCCGCCCUCAUCCAGAACGAAGGCUAUGGGCGCCGCCUGGAGUGGGAGGAGCUGACAGUCGACCUCCUGGUGGAGACCCUACAGGAGAUCAUCAGCAACCCGAGGUACCUCGAGCGAGUGGCCACAGCCUCCAGGACGCUCCGAGACCAGCCCGAGUCAGCCCAGGACCGCGCCGUCUACUGGACCGAGUACGUCAUUCGGCACGGCGGCGCCCCCCACCUCCGCUCUCCCGUCACGGAGCUCUCCUGGGCCGAGUUCCUGCUCCUCGACGUCCUCCUGGUGCUCGGGCUGGUGGCGAAGGGGGCCCACGUGCUCUACAGGGCCCUCUCGCGGCGGACGUGGCCUCUGCAGGGGAUCAAGUGGAAGCUGGACUGACGGCGACGCGGCUCGUGGGGUGAAUGUACUCUCACUACCUCCUAAUAUGCAUACACCAAAUGUUUAUAUUAAGUCGAUUUUAAGGAUAUUCCAUGCUGCAAAACCAAAUAAAAAAUAGCAAAUCUACUUCCUAGCAUGGAAACAAAGAAUACAACGUUUAUAAAAACCAUAGUUUAUAAAAAUCAAACUGGUAUUACCAUAUUAGCAUUUACACCAUAAAGACGUCAGCAAUCGCUUGUAAAACCAUUUAUAAAUGCGUUAAUCUUUAAUAAGUUUACUGAAAUACUACUUUGGAAAUAAAAGUACAAUCUCAGAUACAUACUGCCACUGUUCUUCUAGUUUUGGCAGUCGAAUCGAGAGCUUUAUAAUUUCAAGAGAUCUCUGCUAGUCUAACUGACGAAAAAAAAUAUAGUUCCUCAGAGAAAGUGGUUCCUAACCUUUUCAUUCGCAAAGGACAUAAAAGUUACCAUAAAGCUUAUUUCAAAGUUGAUCACAUAGUACAAACAAAAUCUAUAUCUCAGCCUAAGAUUGGCCUUGUAAGAACCCAGGUAGACAUAAAGGAUUUGGAAAUAGGUUAAAUCCUUUAUUUAGAAUGAUCAAACUGAAUUAUAAGAACAUCGCUAGACAUACAGGAGUUGGAAAUAGGUUUUGAUUCCUUAUCUUAUAAUGAUCAAGUUACCUUAUAAGAUACCCAGGCGAAAAUAGCGAUGGAAAUAGGAUUUAAUUAUUUUAUUCAUGUUUAUCAAUUUUUUUUUUAUAGAUCCGAGUAAAAAAAAAUCGACUGGGGAUAGGAACCACUGCUUUAAGAUAUAUAAAUCAUACGAGCUUAAAGCAAAUAUAACUCCUUUAAAAAAUAAACGACAACGAACAUUUAAUUCACGGAUGUUUAUUAAAUCAUAAACAUAGUUGUGUUUUAUCUUUUUAUCUUAACUAUCAAGAGAAAUAAACGAAAGGGGAGUGGUAGAUGAUAACGAGCCUAAUAGCAAAAGAGGAGAAAGAAGUAAAAUUGUUUCCUGAUUUAUGAUAUUG